AUGAACAACACUUCCAAUUCUGAUCAUGGCAUGAACAACCCUUCUGAGGAGCAUAAUGGAUCAUACGCAUAUUACUCGGUAGGGUUAUCUCUAGGGAUUCUCCUAAUGAUCGCUCUCAUAAGUCUCAUUUCCUUUUACUGUAGCCAUAGAAGCUUGCAAAACAGCCAAGUAAGUGUCACUGCCAACACCAGCAUGGAGCUUGAUUCUGCCUUAACUAUCCAAGUUCAUCAGCAAAACUCUUUUGUGAACAAUUAUCCAGUGUUGUUGUUCUCCGAAGCCAAGCAUCAUAGGCCUGAUUCAGAAACAAUGACAUCAUCAUGUUGCUCAAUAUGCUUGGCAGAUUACAAGGACACGGACUGUGUGAAGCUUCUUUCUAAUUGUGGUCACUUGUUUCAUAGAGAAUGCAUUGAUAGGUGGUUGCAGGUGAACCUCUCAUGCCCCAUGUGUCGAAAUUCGCCAUUGCCAUCUCCUCUUUCAACUCCUCUUGCUGAAGCUACUCCUUUGGUAACAAGACGUGAUUAA